AUGAAUGGCUUCACGGAAAAAGGCCUGGACGAGGACAACUUCGGCGAGAACAAGGCUCUGAGCGCGGUCAAAGCAUUCGAUGCAUUUCCCAAGACCAAACCUUCAUAUCAGGAGCGGACGUCGACCGGUGGAAUAUGGACAGUGACGCUGAUUCUUGCAUCGCUCUUUCUCACUUGGAGCGAGCUGGCACGAUGGUGGAAAGGCUCGACAACGCACACCUUCUCCGUCGAGCAAGGCAUUGGCCAUGAUUUGCAAAUCAACCUGGACAUGGUCGUGAUGAUGAACUGCGAGGACCUGCAUGUGAACGUGCAAGACGCAGCGGGCGAUCGCAUUUUAGCAGGCUCUGUCUUCCAGAAAGACCCCACCAUAUGGACGCGAUGGGACAAGAAACUCAAGGCACACGCGCUCGGUCACGAUAAGCAGGAGCGACUGGGUGAAGCAGGGAAAGACUACAAAGAGGAGGACGUACACAAUUAUUUGAGUGUUGCGCAUCACUCCAAAAGAUUUCCCAAGACGCCCAAGAUUCCUCGAGGAUGGACUGCGGAUUCAUGCAGGAUUUACGGCACUAUGCAUGGCAACAAGGUCCAAGGCGAUUUCCACAUCACAGCUCGAGGGCAUGGCUAUUUGGAAUUCGCCGAACAUCUUGACCACAGCAAGUUCAACUUCUCGCAUCGCAUCAACGAGCUCUCCUUUGGACCAUUCUAUCCGUCCUUGGAAAACCCCCUUGACAACACAUUCGCGACCACUGAUAUCAACUACUACAAAUUCCAAUACUUUCUUUCCGUCGUCCCCACCGUCUAUACCACGGACGCUAGAGCACUUCGCUUGCUGGAUAACAACUUCGUCUUUACGAACCAAUACGCAGUAACAGAACAGUCACGUAAGGUAUCCGAGAACUUUGUUCCUGGCAUUUUCAUCAAAUUCGACAUGGAACCCAUUGGCCUCACCAUCGCCGAGGAAUGGAGUUCGUUUCCAGCCCUUUUCAUCAGAAUCGUGAACGUGGUUUCGGGACUGCUAGUCGCAGGCGGCUGGUGUUACCAGCUCAGCGAAUGGGCUAAAGAGGUGUGGGGGAGGAAAAGUCGAAGGGUCGACAGUUUUGGUAUGCUGAAUGGCAACCAUCACGAUGUCAAGCAUGCACUAUAG